AGGAACUUGUCCAAAGGAAGUAGGAAGUCCUCCAACUGAUCUGCCCCACACCGGAACUAAUUGGGCCCACCUAAUGACCGGCCAUACGUUCCCGUGUGACGGUUACCUCAACGCCUGGCAGUACUUUAGAGGCAACCCUAAUGGAAAUGUUUAUGCUACGAUAUGGCGCCCCAUUGCCAAGUCUCAGCAUCAACUCAUCAAGAAGACACUUCUUCCUUCUGAUACAGCGGGCAUUCAUACAGUAGCAUUAUCCCAACAUGUUCCAAUCAAACAGGGUGAUUUCAUUGGAAUUCACUAUGAGGCUGUCAGUACUGAACCGAUUAUACCUUUAGCUAAAGAUGGCGACAAUGCACUGUUUGCCUACGACCUAUAUGAUACUGCUAAUAUUGAACGUUACAACGCGGAUCUGAAUGAAGGGAAUGUGGUCGAUCUUGGCAUAUGGAGUAAGAAAAGAGUAAGAUUUGCUAUCCGCGCUUUCUUGGAAGGUACG